AUGGCCCAAUACCCAUUUCAGAAGCUGUGUUGCGUUCGACCUGUGGAUAACCAGCCACCGUUUCUGCUGGCAGCAUCUGGAUCACGUAUCUAUUCGUUCGACCUGAAGGCCGGAGCAUUGUUGUUUCAGUGGCCAGAGGUCGACAUCUCUGCAGACAAUGCCAAGGAUCAUUCAACCCAGAGUCAAGGUGAAGACCGGCCAGCAAAGCGACGCAAGGUCGGAACAGACUCGAACGGAACGUUAUCUCAUGAGGCUACAGAUGACUCGAUCGAGAUCAUAUCGGAAAGACCGAAAGGCGAACGACAUCAACCGAAGGUGGAAAGCCAAAACCUUCCCAAUAUUUCCCAUCUCAUCACAACCAGUGAUGCUUCUUCCGUUAUCGUUGUGACGGCUGAAGACAAAUGUAUCAGUGUGUUCAAAGUGGAAGCCGCUGGGCAGUUGAAACUGCAAAGUAAAAGAUCAAUGCCUAAACGCAUCAGCGCCGUUGUGUUGACGCCUGACGAGACGACUAUCAUAGUCGGUGACAAGUUCGGAGACGUCCAUUCGUUGCCACUGUAUCCUACUGAAGGCUGGACGCCUCAAGUAAUAGAGCAAAAUGAAUCAGAAGGUGCAUACGUGCCAUCAGCAACAGAACUAACAGUGCACACCAAGGGAAACUUAGCAGCACUCAAAUUCCAACGUGAACAGAAGAUACGGCAACCGCGAAAGCUCGGCCCUAACUUUGAGACUAAACUGUUGCUUGGACAUGUCUCGUUGCUCACGGACGUUGCAUCAAUAGAGGUGCAGGACGGGUUGAAGCGAAGACAGUACCUGCUGACGGCGGAUCGGGAUGAGCAUAUUCGAGUUUCACGUGGAAUUCCCCAGACUCACGUCAUUGAAGGGUACUGUUCGGGACAUCGAGAUUUUGUAACCCGUUUGCGCAUCGUGCCAUGGAAGCCUGAGCUGCUCCUCUCUGGAAGUGGUGAGCCCUCAGUUCGAGUCUACGACUGGCAAAGAGGACUAUUACUUGACGAAGAGCUCUUCCAUGGUGGGAUACUAGCUGAGCUUACCGCUUUAUUGCAACAAAGCGAAGAUGCUCGCACCUUGAACCAAGUCUCGGUCAGCGGAAUUUGGACCAUCCACUACAAUGCCACACCAAAGUCGCCUGUAUCUUCGACUCCACCACAUAUGAUUCUCGUGACUCUUGAAGGCAUGCCGGUGAUCUUGAGCUAUACCUUGAGCACUGAAGGGAAACUACAACACCAUCAGACACUGACUGUGGCUGGAAAUGUGCUCGAUAUUGGAACAGGCCCUGCUUUAUGGGAUAUUGUGGUUAGCAUUGAUAACAUGCACCGGCCUAGUUCUAUUAAAAGCCUGCGACCAGAAGAACUCCCAGCAACAGAAGUCUUUGAGACCUUUUCUCUCUGUUCCGGUUUAUCGCCGCACAAUGGCGAUAUGGCUCCAAGCACUCAAACUGGUGGAACGGUGCUGCGAUGGGAACGGUCGAGUCUGGCAGUGCUGUUGAACGAGGCUGCCUUGGCGAUAGAGAGACCGAAGAUACCGUCGGAAGCUCCGUCGAGGAAUAGGACUAUCUACAGUAGUCUUGGGGAGACAUUGUACGGACGAGAGAAUCUGCGCAAGCAACGUGGUCAAGCAGGCGCAGAAGAAGAGGAUGUUGGUGAGGAUGAGACGCCCAACUUGGAAGAAGUCGAAAACUAG